AUGCGCAGACGCGGAUGCACCGCUCUGCACAGGGCACAUUCGAAGGUCGGCACAGUGAAGAACACCCGCUACAUCACCGUGACGUCGACGUUCGCCAAGACGCUGACGAUCGAGCCGACGAGCGCGGCGACGGCGGCGGGCGGCGCGACGGCGGCGGCGGCGGCGCCGGGCGAGGAGCCGCUCACCGAGAACCUGCUGGCCAGCACGCUCGCCCCGCACUACGACCGGCGCGAGCCGCUCGACUCGAGCAUCGCCACGCUGCCGCCCAUCGCGCUGGCCGGCGACGCGUCCACGCCGCCGCUCGAGACGCUCACGGAGACCUUCAGCACCACGCAGCUGCUGCUCAAGACGCACAUCCUGCCCGUCAUCCGCGACGGCACCAACACCACGCGCUACACCCUGGUGCAGUCGUACCACGUGACGCGCCUGGUGACCGCCCUGAAGACGCUGCCGCCCAUGGAGGUGUACCACUUCGUGCCCAGCAAGACGCUCACCGACCUCAACACGCGCCUGGAGGAGGCGGGGUCGGAGCUGCACCUGGAGCUGGACUUCGGCGAGGACGAGGAGAAGGAGGCGGAGGAGCGGCCGCUGGCGGCGCUGCGGGCGCUGGCGCCGGACCUCGACCUGGCCAACGUGGGCUCGGACUUCGACCUGGCCGACGUGGACCGCGCGCGCCUGCCCGAGCUGCAGCAGCACCUGCGCCUCAAGAAGGCCCAGAAGCCCGACGGCGCGCCGCAGAACCAGCUCCAGCAGCAGCAGCCGCAGCCGCAGUUCAGCCCCGAGCAGCUGCAGCAGCUGGCGCUGCUGCGCUUCCUCAACCCGGCCGCCGCCGCCGCCCUCCCGCAGGUGAUCACCACAUCGCGACCCGUCGUCAAAGUGGAAACCCUGUACGAAUCGCACGUGAUCCCGGUGUUCAACGGCCAGCAGACGAGCUACAGCACCAUCUCGCGGCCGGUGGCGACGGUGAGCAAGACGGACUUCGAGGUGGCGACCACGACGCUCCCGCUGCCGCCGGUGGUGCCUCCGGUCGUGCCGCAGAACCCCCUGUUCCCCAACCAGCAGCAGCAGCAGUUCGCCAUCACGUCGUCGCCGCUGGUGACGCAGACGGUCGUCACCGCCACCGACAGCAAAGUGCUCAAGCUGACGUUCGGCGCCAAGACGGCUUACACGACGCUGUACUCGACGCGGCUCGUGCCCACCAUGCUGACGACGUACCUGACGGGGUCGGUGGCCGUGCAGCCCACCGCGCCGGCAUUCGGCGGCUUCUUCCCGCCCGCCUACCCGCAGUUCCCCUUCGUGGGCUGA